UUUUUGAAUUUAAUAGUUGAUUAAAUAUUUAUUUUUAAAAACUAAAAUAAAAAAAUAGUUCAUAAUAUUUCUAUUAACAUAUAGAGAAUUUUGCAUAAGCACAUCCACAAUUAAUUUCCAUUAAAUAAUUUUCAUCGCAUGUGGUGAUGAUGUGGAUAGGUGAAUCAUCCGCAUUUGUUUACUAUAAUAAUAUCAACAUUGAAAUUCUAAUAAAAAUCUAAGAUUCUACUGUACUUUUUUUUUUCUUUAUCCUCUAGAGAUUUCCUGACGAAGAAAAAAACCACCAAAGUCAUUAUCAAAUUCGACCGUCCAUUCGAAGACGUACACGUCUUUGUAGUCAACACCAUUCACCUAACCUUCCUAGAAAACCACGUAACAUUGCAUGUGCCUAAUUUCUCUUAAGCAACCCCAAUCAAUAUAUAGAUGAUGACUGAAGAUGAUGACUCUUGUAAAUCUCAUUAUAUCAUUCCUCUUUAGAUUUUCCCACUUCUUCCUCUCAACACAUUCCCCCUCUCUCUCUAUCUCUCUUGCUCUAUAAAAACCUUUAGAAUCUUGCUUUUAGCGGGAAAACACUGCAUGCAGACAAUGGGGAAUACGAAUUCGAUGUUUGGACUAAAAAGGUUUUCAAAAAACAAGCAAACUCCGAUUGGUUCGUUUGCCAACAACUCAUCUCACGAUGGUAUUAAAACAAUUGAAGCUGUCAAGAGUUGCAGUUUUUCUAGGAAAGCAGAUCUUUGCAUCCGUAUCAUCACAUGGAACAUGAAUGGAAAGGUUUCAUAUGAGGAUUUGGUUGAGCUUCUUGGCAAAGACAGGAAGUUCGAUUUGCUUGUCGUUGGCUUACAAGAGGCUCCCAAAGAAAAUGUUGCUCAAUUUUUGGAGACGGCUACAUCUCCAACUCACGUGCUUCUAGGGAAGGCAAAAUUGCAAUCGAUCCAUCUAUAUUUGUUUGGGCCAAAGAAUUCACACGCAUUAGUAAAAGAAUUAAAGGCGGAGAGACAUUCAGUAGGUGGAUGUGGAGGUUUAAUUGGAAGAAAAAAAGGAGCCGUGGCUAUUCGUAUUAAUUAUGAUGACAUCAAAAUGGUUUUCAUCUCUUGCCAUCUCUCUGCUCAUGCAAAGAAAGUGGAUCAAAGAAAUACAGAGUUGAGACACAUAGCAAAUUCACUAUUAUCAAGAGACAAAAGGACACGUGACCUUACUGUUUGGCUUGGAGAUCUCAAUUACAGGAUCCAAGAUGCCUCUAACCGUCCUGUUCGAUCUCUUAUCCAUAACCAUCUUCAAUCUGUUCUUGUGAGUAAAGAUCAACUCUUGCAAGAAGCUGAGAGAGGUGAAAUAUUCAAGGGUUACUCUGAAGGAACUUUAGGGUUUAAACCAACUUACAAAUACAAUGUAGGAAGCAACGACUAUGAUACAAGCCAUAAGGUCAGGGUUCCAGCUUGGACAGAUAGGAUCUUAUUUAAGAUCCAAGAUACUGACAAUAUCCAAGCAACUCUUCACUCUUAUGAUUCCAUAGACCAAAUAUAUGGUUCCGAUCAUAAACCUGUAAAAGCGGAUCUUUGCUUGAAGUGGGUCAACAAUUAGUUAAUAGAUGCAUACAGUUUAUGAAGGAUUAAUUAGAAGAUAUGCAAUAAUGCAUUAUUGCUGUUAUGAGAGUAAAUAGUUGGAAACAUUAAAUUUUUUUUCUUUGUUAAUUAUUAUAUUAAUGUUUUCAAAGUUAAAAGUUGCAAGUUCACAACUUUAUAAAGUUCCAAUUGUGAAAGUC